GCCCCCAUCGUCGAGGAGAACGGUGAGACCAAGUUGAAGUUGGACUUCAACGUGAAGGGCUUCAAACCCGAGGAGGUGCAAGUCAAAAUUGUUGGGGACAAUGUCCUGCAGGUUCGUGCCGAGACGGGCACCAAGACCGACUCCGGAGUGUCCCACCGUUACUACGUGCGUCACUACGCUCUCCCUGACGGCAUCAAGGCCGACCAGAUCAAGCCGACCAUGUCGAAGGAGGGGGUGCUGAGCAUUGAAGCACCUGCCCCCCACCUCAAACCAACUGAGAGGAACAUUCCCAUC